ACCGGCCCAGGAAGUGGGGGGGCCGCUGCAGCUGCGCUGGGCUGCUCCCUCCUCGCAGGCCCCCGCCUGGCCCUGACCCAGGCCGCCCCCUCCCCACAGGGCUCCUCACACCUACCCCAACAACUCAAAUUCACCACCUCGGACUCUUGUGACCGCAUCAAAGAUGAAUUUCAGCUGCUGCAGGCUCAGUAUCACAGCCUAAAGCUUGAGUGUGACAAGUUGGCCAGCGAGAAGUCGGAGAUGCAGCGUCACUAUGUGAUGUACUAUGAGAUGUCCUAUGGCUUGAACAUUGAGAUGCACAAGCAGGCUGAAAUCGUCAAGAGGCUGAAUGGGAUUUGUGCCCAGGUCCUGCCCUACCUCUCCCAAGAGCACCAGCAGCAGGUCUUGGGAGCCAUCGAGAGGGCUAAGCAGGUCACUGCUCCUGAGCUGAACUCCAUCAUCCGACAGCAGCUCCAAGCCCACCAGCUAUCUCAGCUGCAGGCUCUGGCCCUGCCUCUGACUCCACUGCCUGUGGGGCUGCAGCCACCUUCGCUGCCAGCUGUCAGCGCAGGCACUGGUCUCCUCUCACUGUCCGCGUUGGGCUCCCAGGCCCACCUCUCCAAGGAAGACAAGAACGGGCAUGAUGGAGACACCCACCAGGAGGAUGAUGGCGAGAAGUCAGAUUAGCAGGCAGCCGCUGGGAUGGGGAGGGUCAGGGAGGGGGGGAAACAAAGGGGAGACAGAGGCAUGGAGAGAAAGGAAUGUUUAGCACAAGACACAGUAUAGCUUGGGAUUGGCUAAGCUCUGGUAGUAUAAUAUUUAUGGUAGCCACCUGCUGGGGCCCUGGCCCUGCUCUUGUGCUACUGCUAGCUUUGUUCCUGUCCCCCCUGGCCUCUUCCUCCCUCCUCCCCUGCAGCUCAGAUAGGUGAAUAAAUACCUGCUCAUAACACAGAUGAGGCAAGCUAAGGCCUAGAGGGGCAAAUGGGGGACCAGGUCACAAGGGAGCAAAACCUCAAGAAAUCCAACACCCCCAGCAGUUCCCUAUUCUGAACACCUGUAACUGACAGUCUGCUCGCUGGGCCCCUCGGGGCACAUGAAACAGCUCCUGCCCUGGCACUGCAUGCAAACACUGCUAGCUGUCCCCUCCCCAUCCUGGGCACUCUUAAGUCUUCCCCUUGGGUCCCAGGUCUGCUCCCACUUUUACCUCCAGCUCCUGUCCUGCUCACCACCUCUGCUAGUUCCAGACACCCCCACACCCACCUGGUCAUCACUCAACAAAAGAGGCAAGCUUAUCUGGGACAGGCCAGGUGGGGGCAGGUGACCCAGGAUUUCCCUUCUCCCCUUCCCAAAUAAAGAUGAGGGUACUAAAGUUGUGUUGGUUUUAAUUUGAUUUUAUUUUUCCUUUCCCAGUAUACUAGCUUGACUUUAAAGAAAGGGGAUAUUAAAAAUGUUUAAAAAAAAAAAGCAACACCCACACCUGUGUCUGUAUAUAGUCAGCUUUUCUUGUGCUCAGUCGUUUGAUCUCUACAGAGAGAAGUGAAAAAUGCUGUAUCGAGGGUGGGCUUAGCUGUGCCUUUCAAAUAAAGAUGUGAGAAGGUUCA